AUGGCGCUUACGUGCGACGGGUAUAUAUACUACUCUGUACGCAAGAUCAACUGUUGGUUGAUUAUCCGCACCUUUGGUUGUAUUGGCGCAGUGGACGUUCGUACUGAACACGUGACUGUUACGGUUCACUUUGUACAGACCGUAGUACGGCCCGUUGGAAGCCCUGGUCUCUACACCAAGACAAAUUCCAGGGUUCUCCCUAACUCUUUAUCAAAACAUAUUUCUUCAAUUCAAGCCCUUGUAACUUACCAUGUAGAAUACGCCGAGGCCUCCCUAAACCUGAUAUUCAUGCAAAGCUACUAUCACUCAUCACUCACCAGCCAUAGCUCUUCAUCAUGCAGUGACGCGCUGCGUCGGAUACGAAUCCGAAGAUGCAUUGCAUUAGUCCAGCCAAGCCCUGUGCAACUCCCCGAUAAGCCGCUCCCUAAACCGAACGAUCCCCAAUACCACUCAAAUUUUCCACUGGUAUUUCCUUCCCAUCUUAGAAUCAUUGGUCUCUACAAGGGUUUCGAUCAACGGGACUCAACACGAGGAGAACAUGCAAAGAAUCACGUCAACAGGAAGAGCAGUAAGGGUUUACUAGAACCCCACUUCCAGCAAUCAUUGAUGGACAUGUCGAUCAAACUGUUUUGCCAAUAUUCUUUCUAUCCACCAUAUAUGGCUGAUUUUGCGCCGCUAGACGUUCCGUGUUAUGUGGAUGAUGAAGAGAGAAACACCAUAAAUCACCAUACCUCAGCUCAACAUAUGCAAGUGCUACAUGAUACAAUCUCCCGGGUAUCCUACUAUCGCAUUGCAUCAUCGCAAGAAGGGAAAGACCGCAUGAUCUUCUCCGACGCAAUAAGUCUACCAGCGGCUAUGAUCCGAUGGGAGGAUCCUGGCCCUUGGGCGAAACCAUCGCCCAGAAAUAUUAAAAUGCAAUCAAUUGACCCACUGGUGUGGGCCUAUAUGGGGGUUAUUGCGAAAUGCGGCGAGAUGUGGGCAGUUGCUGAGUGGAGACGCAGGAGUACGAUAUCGAGGGAAAUUUUUGCAUCAUAUCGGGCUGGGUUCUAG